GAAAGAAAUCUCCCUCCCGUUCCCUUUCCUCCCCCGCUCCGCCUUUCCCUUUCCUCCCCCUUCUCUUCCUCUCUCCUCUCCUUGGGGGCGCGGCGAGAUCGGGCGGAGGAGCCCUACCGCCCCCCCUCGCCGCAGCGGAGGCGGGUGCUCAGCUCCGCGGAAGGUUAGAGGUGCGGGGCUGCGUUUGGAACCGGCGGUGGGCGCGGGAGAUCCGGCCAGCGGGGAUGCAGCAGGACCAGCGGAACAAGACUUCUGCAGAGGUCGACUUCUUCACAGAGUACGGGGAUGCGAACCGGUACAAGAUCCAAGAGGUCAUCGGCAAGGGAAGCUACGGGGUCGUCUGCUCUGCCAUCGAUCUCCACACUCGGCAGAGGGUGGCGAUCAAGAAGAUACAUGGCAUCUUCGAGCACGUCUCCGAUGCCGCGAGGAUCCUCCGCGAGAUCAAGCUUCUGAGGCUCCUGAGGCACCCUGACAUUGUCGAGAUCAAGCACAUUAUGCUGCCUCCCUCGAGAAAGGACUUCAAGGACAUUUUCGUUGUUUUUGAGCUCAUGGAGUCCGACCUCCACCAAGUUAUAAAGGCCAACGAUGACUUGACCAAGGAGCAUUACCAGUUCUUUCUCUAUCAGUUACUUCGGGCCCUCAAAUACAUUCAUACUGCUAAUGUUUACCACCGUGACCUCAAGCCCAAGAAUAUUUUAGCAAACUCUAACUGCAAAUUGAAAAUAUGUGACUUUGGACUAGCCCGAGUCGCAUUCAAUGAUACCCCAACAACAGUCUUCUGGACGGAUUAUGUUGCAACAAGGUGGUACAGAGCUCCGGAGCUCUGUGGAUCCUUCUUCACCAAGUAUACACCAGCUAUUGACAUUUGGAGCAUUGGAUGCAUAUUUGCUGAGGUGUUGACAGGGAAGCCUUUAUUUCCUGGUAAAAAUGUUGUUCACCAGCUAGAUUUGAUGACUGAUCUUCUAGGUACACCAUCAACGGACACAAUUUCUCGGGUUCGGAAUGAGAAAGCAAGAAGGUACUUGAGCAGCAUGAGAAAGAAGGACCCUGUUCCAUUUUCCCAGAAGUUUCCCAGUGCAGAUCCUUUGGCACUUAAACUGUUAGAAAAACUAUUAGCGUUUGAUCCAAAGGACCGUCUGACAGCAGAAGAGGCAUUGCGUGAUCCAUACUUCAAAGGUCUUGCCAGGGCUGAAAGAGAACCAUCCUGUCAGCCAAUCAGAAAAGUGGAAUUUGACUUUGAGCACAAAAGAAUGUCAAAGGAAGAGAUAAGAGAGUUGAUAUUCCGCGAGAUACUGGAAUAUCACCCACAACUGCUGAGUAGCUACAUUAAUGGCACAGAGAGGACAACCUUUCUCUACCCAAGUGCUGUUGAUCAAUUUAAGAAGCAAUUUUCUCAUCUUGAAGAGAGUGGUGGUAACGGUCCAUCAGUUCCAACGGACAGGAAACAUGCAUCCCUUCCCAGGACCACUGUGGUUCACUCGAAUCCAAUUCCUGCCAAAGAACAACCUCUUGGUGCCUCAUCAAGGGUUAGACCAGUCUCUGAUGAUUCAUGUAAGAACCCUUGGGAGAAAGGAAGUGGUCCUGGAAAUGUUCCCAGGACAUCUCUGACUCCACAAGGGCUGCAAGCACAAGCAGGAUCAGUAAGAGUUAAUGGCCCAGUGACGGAUUCAAGGUAUCCUCCUCACCAACAGAUCCCACAAGCAUACGGUUACCGCCAAAUGCCUGCAAGGUUGGACAGUACCAACCCAUCGCAGGCCAUGGGAGGUUACACGCUGCAGUCGCAGAAGGCCUAUGCUUGUGCAAACGGCAAAGGCUCGCCUGAUGUGGCCGUGAACAUGAGAGCUCCCCCCUUCCAUCUCCCAGCUGGACCAAAGAAGAACCCAUUAGAUAGGAUAGCACCUGACACCACCGACAUAUACACAAGAUCCCUGAACGGCAUCGUCGCCGCCGCCGCUGCAUCAGUGGGCGCUGGCGCUGGUACUCACCGAAACAUCGGCGUUGUGCCAUCUGGCAUGUCAAGGAUGUAUUAGCUGCUGCUGAAAUGCUGGCAAAUCCUACCUAGCCUUGUGGCCACAGCUUCUCCGGGACUAGCCGGCAAGGCUACAAGGAGUGGGCAUGUGGUGCAAGGAGUGAUUCAUAAGAGGUGGUCCCGUGGUCUUGGACUCCUGGACAUGUUCUUAGGUCACGUGUUGAGGCGGAAAAAUGGCGCCAUUUUGCGCACAACUGAAGGUUUGAUCGAUUCAUUUGAUUCAAUUGAAGCUAAUGUAUUUGCUAAUAGUAAAAGGACGCUGAUCCAAGGGAAAGGCUGGAGAAAUUCUGACAUAAAUGCAACAUAGGCCGUUGGCCGUUGCAGUGGGACCUGAGGGCGUGUGUAUACAAUGUAUUAUUCUCGUUUUAUCGACCGUCACAUCUGGUAUUAUCAUGCUAUCAGCCACCUUUAAUCUUUAUCUACCACAACAGUUCAAUA